AUGAAGACAUCAUAUCUUUUCAUACCCACAAUCCUCGGAAUCUCCGUCCAGUCUUCGAAUCUCCAACAGCCCGUACCAGCAGGACUCGGAGACCAUGAUAUUCAAGUUUACCCCCAGGAACUUGGACUUGAAGCAUCCGCAGCACAAGGAGUUAAACUUCUAGACUCAAUAAUAAAAUCCUCCCCACUUCUCUCCUUCCACCGAUCCAUCGUCCAAAUCCCCUCGAUAAGUGACGACGAGAAAACCGUCGGCGACUUCAUACUAGACUUCCUCUCUGCGCACAACUUCACCACCGAGAAACAACUCGUCUCUCCAGAUACUAAAGACCACGAUGAACGAUUCAAUAUAUACGCCUAUACCGGUGAAAAAAGACACGUCGAUAUUCUAUUGACUAGUCACAUCGACACUGUGCCGCCUUAUAUCCCGUACUCCCUCCACGCACCGACAAAACCAACCACAUCCCCAUAUAAAUUCAACAGAACCGACCUCCUAAUCGCCGGCCGCGGCACAGUCGACGCAAAAGCCAGCGUCGCAGCAAUGAUCUUCGCCUUAAUCGAAACUCUGGAAGAGGACCAAAACCCCACCGCCUCACUAGGCCUCCUAUUAACCGUUGGCGAAGAAAACUCCGGCGCAGGAAUGAAAUUCUUCUCAAACUCAGACCUGAACCCAACCCCACCGAUUUUCCGCACAGUUAUAUUCGGCGAACCGACCGAUCUGAACCUCGUGGCUGGCCACAAAGGCACGUUUGGGUUUAAAGUGACUGCUCACGGUAAAGCUGCGCAUUCGGGAUAUCCAUGGCUUGGAACGAGUGCGAUAUCUUCACUUUUGCCUGUGCUCUCGGUACUGGAUGGACUCGAAGAUAGAUCCCCGGAAGAAGGGGGACUAUUACGCGGUGAGAAGCUGGGGCAAUCAACGCUUAAUAUUGGCGUUGUGCGUGGUGGUGUUGCGGGGAAUGUUGUACCCGCGUUUGCGGAGGCGGGUGUUAAAAUUCGUCUUGCGGCGGGGACGGUGGAGGAUACGAGGGGUAUUAUUGAAAGGGCCGUUGAGGAGGGGAAGGGUAAGGUGAAGGCUGGUAAUGGUAUUGGCGAUGAUGACGCUGGUAUCGAGCUUAGUUUUGAUAGGGGGUCUUUGCCGCAGUUUUUUGAUACCGAUGUUGAUGGGUUUGAAGUUAUUACUGUGAAUUAUGGGACUGAUGCGUUUUCUUUGCGAAUUGGGGAAGGGGGUCAUAGAGUUCGUCGGUAUUUGUAUGGGCCGGGAAGUAUUCAUGUUGCUCAUGCGGAUGAUGAGGCGAUUACGGUUGGUGAGAUUGAAGAGGCGGUUCGGGGGUUUAAGAGGCUUAUUUCUGCGACUUUGUGA